AAUCAUGUGGAGCCAGCCUUAAAUAGUAGGAUUUGGUUGCUGCUGCUCACUGCUCAAGCAAAGAAGGAUAAAAUUUGUUGCCAGAAAAAGGCGUAGAUAAGGAUCAGGAAGUGAGCUUGAAUGUAGAAAAAUGGUAGAAAAAGAAAGAAGAUGACAAGGCGAAGAAGGUGAAAGUGUGAAACAAUGGAGAGGUACUCCUUUUAGUGGGUAGUAUGUUGACACGUGAUUGGUGUUGGUUUUUGGGCAAUACUAGCUGUGUUUUGGGCAAUGUUAGCUGCUAGGGGCACUCGUAGGAUGUCAACCGGGCUCCGCGGGGUCGGGACUUACGAUGGGCUGAAAGAGAAUCAUUUUCUCAUUGAAGGAGGUAAACCAAAAUGGAUCCCAAUAGCUGCAAGUUUGUCAGCAGUUCUUGGAUUAGCUCUGCUCAGUUCUUUUGCUUUCUUCAUCUGGAGAAAGAGAAAUUCCCGAGAUAACGAAGACAGCCAAGAGGUUCAACUACUUGACUUGAGAGGAGGAAAUUUUGUGAAUGAAUACCCAAGUAACGAUUUUCAAGGUGAGACGGUGGAAAGAUCACAAGAAUUUCCUUCGAUUCGGUUAGAUAUUAUAAAUGCAGCUACAAAACAUUUCUGUGAUGAAAAUAAACUUGGAGAAGGCGGAUUUGGCCCCGUUUACAAGGGUACACUAGCAGAUGGUAAAGAAAUUGCGGUUAAGAGGCUCUCUAGAACUUCUGGUCAGGGGUUACUAGAAUUCAAAAAUGAAGUUAUGUUAAUUGCUAGAUUACAACAUAGGAAUCUUGUAAGAUUGCUGGGAUGUUGCAUGGAGGAUAACGAAACAUUGUUGGUUUAUGAAUACAUGCCCAACAGAAGUCUUGAUGUCUACCUCUUUGAUUCAAGCCUGAGCGUGCAAUUGGACUGGCAAAGACGGUUUAGCAUUAUCAUUGGAAUUGCUCGGGGCAUUGUGUAUCUUCAUGAGGAUUCUCGUCUCAGAAUAAUUCAUAGAGACCUUAAAGCAAGUAAUAUUUUGCUAGAUGGUGAAAUGAACCCAAAGAUAUCUGAUUUUGGUAUGGCAAGAAUUUUUAGUGUAAAUCAAACUGAAGCAAACACAAACAGAGUCGUGGGAACAUAUGGAUAUAUGGCUCCAGAGUAUGCUAUGGAAGGACUCUUUUCUAUCAAAUCUGAUGUAUUUAGCUUUGGAGUCCUGUUGCUAGAAAUCAUAAGUGGGAAGAAAAACAAUAGAUUCUACUUAUAUGAACAUUGUGAAAGCCUUCUGACUUUUGCAUGGAACCUAUGGUCUCAAGGUCAAGGAAUGCAGCUGAUAGACCCACAACUGGUGCAGUCAUGUGUGGAGUUUGAAGUGCUCAAGUGCAUCCAUAUUGGUUUGCUGUGUGUGCAGAAAGAUCCAGUGGACAGACCCACCAUGUCAUCAGUAAUACUCAUGUUGGGCAGUGAGAACUUAACUCUUCCUAAACCAACAGAACCUGCUUUUUUUGUUGGACGAGUUGUUGCAGAAUCAGCUACACCCUCGGCAGAUAACAAUGUUUGUUCUGCCAACGAGGUAACACUUUCAAACGUAUCACCUCGCUGAUUGCUUGGUAAUCAACGUUCUUAAUGUUGAGUGAUUAGCAGCUCCUAAGAAAGAAAUUUCAGCUGGAAGACCGUUCCACACGUUUGAAGAUGGAAUUAUCUACUAUGUUUUGCCCAUUGAUAUUUUUUUUUAGAACAUAUGUUUUGCCCAUUGAGUUAAUAUGAGAUUCCUGAAGUUUAACUGCUUUCUUUGUUCUUU